AUGGUUGUGUUCAAAUUGAGUGAUGAGUACAGUUCCCCCAUUCCUGCGGCGAGAUUCUUUAGGGCCUUGAUUGGGGACUUCCACAACCUUAUCCCCAAGCUCAUGCCUGAAGCUAUCGGGAGCAUUGACAUCGUCCAAGGCGACGGAGGAGCCGGAACCAUUAUGCAAAUCAAUUUCACUGAAGGUAAAAAGUUUGAAUCCAUUGCUUACGAAGUUAAUUUCGAGCCGACACCAGACGGCGGGAGCAAGAGCAGGAUAGCCAGCACAUACUACACCAAGGGCAAUUUUCAGCUCAAUGAAGAAGAAAUCAAGGCUGGCAGAGAGAGAGGCUUAGGAAUAUACAUAGCCGUCGAAGCAUACCUCCUCCAAAACCCGGAUGCUUAUGCUUAA